AGCACGACGCGCGCGCGACUCAUCAGUACUCGGUGUACUCAGGCUUCAUUAAUGCUCUCUCUCUCUCACACACACACACAUACACUCACACUCACACACACACACACACUCCGGGACAAUCUCAGCCUGUUCUCUGUGAUCAUGGACCUGCUCACCUGUGUGCUCCUGUGGAUCUCUGUGCUGCUGUCCGGUGCGCGCGCCUUCAUGCUGCCGGACAUCGGUGACCCCGACUUCAUCCGCAGGUGCGUGCAGACGCAUAACGUUUACCGCUCACGAGCUCAUCCGCCCGCAGCCAACAUGCGCUCCAUGUCCUGGGAUAAUGCACUGGCAAGAGGUGCUCGGUCCUGGGCGAGACAUUGCAAGGCAUCCCAUAACCCUGUGCUGAAGCAGGAGGGCAAGGCCCACGCGGACUUCCGGCAAGUCGGAGAGAACAUCUGGCUCGGGGCUCCGUAUUCAGCCUUUACAGUCGAGUCAGCAAUCAACAGCUGGAACAAAGAGAGUGCUGAUUAUACACAUGGGAACAACAGCUGUGCCCGAGUGUGUGGACAUUAUACACAGUUGAUGUGGGCGACGAGUUAUAAAAUUGGCUGUGCCGUCCACGUCUGUUCCAGAGGAAUUGAAAACUUUUCCAAUCAUCCCGAGUCGACUAUUUUUGUCUGUAACUACGGUGACGCCGGAAACGUGUUUGGAUUCACUCCCUACAUCGUUGGUCUGGCCUGCAGCAAGUGCGGUGUAGAGAAAUGCAGAGACAAACUUUGCACCGAUCCAAUCCGAGACCAAGUUAAAAAAUACGACUGGAUACCAGGGUGGGAUCUCGGCCCUGGUGGUUCGGCUCAGGCGCUCUCUGAUUGGCUGAAAGGCUCUAAACUGCAGCUCCUGACUGGAUCGUUCUGGCUUCUUUACUUUUAUGCAACACACUGAAGUCACUCAAUAAACCGAAUUCCAUUUUAAUCAAGACUUAGAUCAAUACAAUUAUUAUUAUUAUUAUUAUUAUUAUUAUUAUUAUUAUUAGUAUUAUUAUAAUCAUUUCUCAGCGUGACAGGGAGCUGACAUGGCGUAAAGUCCUGCUGUGUAGGCCUGGUGCAUCAUAUUCUCAUAUCUGCUCAUAUCAUUAGGAUAUUCUUCUAAAUAAUCUUUUCACCUUUCAUAUGAAUAUAUUAUAAAAUAAACACAACUCUAUAAUUGUUCACGUGUGAGUGUUGUCUCUUGACGGCUGC